CUAAGUUCCGCUAGCCACCCAGCUGCCACACGAAGCUAGCAAUGGAGGGACGAAGUCACUAAUUAGUUUCCGCAUCCUAAUCGCCUCGCCUGUCCUUUCCCAGCGCGGGUCCUUGCAACAGCAACUCUUCACAGCAACACACACCUAAAGUUGUCACCUAAAGUUUCCUGCUGUCUGUCCGCGCGAUGUCACACAGCAAUAGUCUGUCCGUACACACUGCGUAUGAAACUAUGAGCUAUAGUCCACAGUUUCCUGCUGCUACACCAGCUCAUCUUCCGGUGUGCAUGGCCCUCAAGAGGUAGUCGCGUGGGUGAUGCGCGUCAUCAGCUAGCUGUGCGCAGCGAGCCUGUCGUCAUGGCGGCACCCCACCGCUCGACUCCGUGCAGCCGCCUGUCUCGCUCGCUGACGCGCGGCGACCUCUAUUCCGCAGACGAUGACGCUCAGGUGGACAACAGCCGGCCGUUAACGGCGUCGUCUGCCACGCGAGAUCCCCUGGAAGGCGGUCAGUGCUCGGAGCCCGGUCGUCACGAUGACGUGUCGGACUCCGUGAGUGCUUCGCGGGACGUGUCGCGUUCAUUCGCCGCCACGUCACGCAUUCCAGCAAGUGUCCAGCCAUCGCUUAGGUUGUCAGCAUCGCACAAUGGAUCGCAAGAACCGUCGGCGACGGCGUCGCAGUCGAGCGAGCGGCAUUUGCAGUCGCAAGUGCGUGCGGCGGAGGAGUCUCGGGAGCUGCAGCAGCUGUGGGGUUCGCUCGCCGCCGACGCGUCCGACAGAGCUUGGGAUUCGGUGGAUAAUGCGGAGCCGUCCAACGCGGAAGCCGCACGGACACGGCGGGAAGUGCGAGUGCGGAUGGACGCGGAGAAGGCUGACGACGGCGACGACGAUCUCGGGUCGUGCCGGUCGGACCGAUCGAGCGCGAGCUGGUCGAGGCGGCAGAGCCCGCGCGGCAGGCGAAGCAUGCGCGCGAGGGGGCAGCUGAAGUGGGGCGAGCACCUGUGGCGCGCGAGGUCGGUGCCGGAGAGAAUGACGCGCACGUUCACGCUCAAGGACUACAUCGCGCAGCCCAUGCCCGCGCAUGCGCUCGGCGCGCCCUCCGACCCGCCCACGGACCGCGAGGCGGCGGAGGCGCGGGCGUUGGACGUGCAGGUGCAGGUGUUCCGGCGCGUGCUGCGCGUGAUGCGCGCGGUGCGCAUCCCCGUGGUGCACCCGUACUCGCAGUUCCGCCGCGACGUCAACCUCCUCAUCGCGCUCUGCAUCACCUACAACGUCUGGGAGGUGUUUUUCCAGGUGGCGUUCAACCUGCGCGCGCAGGGCGCGUGGCAGAUCGUGGACGCGUGCCUCUCCGCCAUCUUCCUCACCGACGUCUUCCUCGGCUUCAAGACGGGGUACGUGACGCGUGAGAAGCACAUGGUGAUGGACGACGGCAUGAAGGUGCUCAGGCCGCAGCAGAUCGUCAUGGACCAGCGCAAGGUGGUGUGGCACUACCUGCGCACGUGGUUUGCGUUGGACCUGCUGUCCUCGCUGCCCUUCGACCUCCUCACCUCGCUCGCCUCCGACUCCCCCGCCGGCUUCUGGCUCUCCGCUGCGUUCCGGCUGCUGAAGCUGUUCCGCGUGCACCGCCUGGGCGUGGCGGCCAAGCAGCUCAGGCACGCGGCCACCAACACCAACUAUAUGGACGUCGCCAUCCUCAUGUUCCAGAUCUGCAUGCUCUGCCACAUAGGCGCCUGCAUCUUUGUGCUCAUUGGCCGCUUGGAGGAGCCGCCCGAGACAUGGCUGGCCAUAACUUAUUGGAGCACGGAUGGCGCAUCGCAGACCCUGGAGACAGCACCUCCCGGAGUGGUCUACGUGGCAGCUAUUUAUUGGUCCAUGGUCACGUUCGCGGGGUGCGUGCGUGGGGUACGGCGACAUCCACCCGGUGGACACGGUGGCGGAGCGGCUGUUCGCGACGGUGUACAUCCUGGUGACGGCCGUCAUGCUGGGUACACCAUCGGCGAGCUCUCCUCCAUGGUCUACGCGCACCGUGUCAACCGCGACGCCAUGCGCCAGCGCAUGUGCACCCUGCACAGGUUCAUCGAGAAGGAGCACCUCCCGGAGUGGCUCGCCAACCGCAUGAUGGCGUAUCUGAUGCGGCAGUGGCAGGCAGACGUCAACAGCAAGUUCGAGGAGCUCGAGCUCAUGCAGAGCCUCAGCGACGACCUGCGCACGGACCUCUUUGUGCACUGGUGGAUGCACCACGUGCCUUCCAGCCCCUUUUUCCCGCAUGACCAGCAGUGCCUUGCAUGUCUGCAGCGCGUGCUGGUGCCACGGGGCGUGGCAGCGGGGGACGUGAUAGCGCGCGAGGGCGAGGUGAGCCGGCACGUGUACAUCGUGCGCGCGGGCAGUGUGGAGAUGGCGUGGGCCAAGGAGGGCGUGGAGGGGCUGGUGGAGGGCGCUGCGGCGCAGGCAGGCAAGCCCAUGCUGGGCGAGGAGGGCAUGCGCCUGGCGCGCGCGGUGUCCAUGCGGCGCUGCGCGUCGCGCGCGCUCCACCGCCCCACCAGCAGGUCGUCCCAUGCCAGCCCAUGGCUCUGCCGCACUGCCCCAUGCCUGCCAAUGGUGCCUCGCCGACGCCCGUGCAUUGCACGCACGGCACAGAUGGUGGUGGUGGUUACUCGCAUGGCAGGGAUGGCACGGCUGCUGGGCCCCGUGCAUGUGACUUGGAGCAUGGUGAUCGUGGUGAUGAGUCACCCACUUCUCUGUGCUCGCCUCGUGUGCGCUGCUCUCGCACCUUCGAGCCCACGCUGAGCGCCAUCGAGAGUAUGGAUGGAAGCAGCGUGCAUUGGAGUGGCAGGGAGCGCAACAGAGUGGUGGAUGGGGGAACGGGGGGCGCUGCUGUGCUGCCUGGCGAUGGCACUGAGCUGCUGCGAGAGGGCGCACCAGAGGGCAGCGCCGAUGCCACAGGGGGGGGGCCUGCGACUGGCAUGGUGCCAAGGAACCACAGCACAGCGGAGGGCGAUGCCAAUGCCGCAGGGGGGGCGCUAUGGUGCCAAGGAACCACAGCACAGCGGCAUCGCACAACAGCUAUGGCAGCUCGGGCGUGCGGCACGGCGGCCACGUGGGGGGGCAGGCGGCGUUUGAGAGCAGGACGGUGGGCGUGGGCCAUGUGGUGGGGCUGGACGGGCUGACUGAGGUGCUCGAGCUGCAGACCGCCGAACCCUCGUGGCCCGACCAGCGAGUUCCAUUCCUCUUCAUGGAAGGAACCUUCCAGGCGAAGACGGAGUGCGAGCUGCUGCUGCUGCUCAUUGACGACCUCUUCGACACGCUGGAGAGCUUUCCCGAGCUGCUAACGGCGCUGCGCUUGAGUCUGGGCCUGCCGCUGACGGAGCAGGAGCAGCUGGUGCGCUACCGCAAGGCCCUCAGCGUGCGACGAGCGAGCAACCCGUCUGUGCAGCAGUCCAGGCACAUCCACAAGUAGAGACGUCCAAACGGGAGGGGCACGUGUCAAAGAUGCAACGUAGUGAAAUUAUUCUUUAUUUAUGCUAGUGUAAGCAGCAUCUAGGUAGCAUAGCAUUAGCUUAUAUUUCUGUAAAUACAUAGGAAGUUCGUUAUUGGUCAAUUGGCAAAACCCUCCCUUC